CUUGUAUUAUAGAAAGCACCAUGAACCGGAAGUCAGCCACUGGUCUGUUUACUUUAGCCGCUGCUGAAUCCACGUGAAUAGAAUGAAGAUCUGAUGUGGUCUCAGUCUUCCCAGCACAGCUUGGUCAAGAUGUCUCUAAGAUGCUGUCAGAAGAUGUUCCUGAGACUUUAUGGUGGUUCUCUCUCCACCGCGAAGAGCCGGAUGUGGUUGAGACGCUACACUAAAGCAGCUCAGAGUCACAGAAGGGUGGUGAUCACCGGCAUCGGACUCGUUUCUCCCCUCGGGACAGGAAGUGCUCUGCCUUGGCAGCGUCUGAUAGCUGGAGAAAGCGGUUUGGUAGCUCUGGACCCGGAGGAGUAUAAAACAGUCCCGUGUAAGGUGGCGGCCCGUGUGCAGAGAGGAGAUAAACAAGGAGAAUUUAACGAAGAGGCAUUUGCAUCUAAAGGAGAGAUCAACAGCAUGUCUCCAGCCACGGUUAUGGCAAUCGGUGCUGCCCAAUUGGCUCUUGAGGACUGCGGAUGGUAUCCCAGAAGCCCUGAAGAGCAGCUCAGCGCUGGUGUGGCGGUCGGGAUGGGUAUGGUGUCUCUGGAGGAAAUCGCUCGAACAGCCUUGGCCUUUCAAACACGCGGCUACAGCAAAGUCAGCCCGUUUUUUGUCCCUCGCAUCCUGGUGAACAUGGCUGCAGGACACAUAAGCAUCAAACACAAACUGAAGGGUCCCAAUCAUGCUGUGUCCACCGCAUGCACCACGGGAGCUCACGCUAUCGGCGACGCCACCCGUUUCAUCGCUCACGGCGAUGCCGAUGUGAUGCUCGCCGGCGGGACGGAGGCCUGCGUCAGUCCGCUGUCCAUCGCCGGGUUCGCUCGCGCUCGGGCCCUCAGCACCAACUGGAACCAGGAGCCCAGACUCGCCUCACGGCCGUUUCAUCCAGAUAGAGAGGGGUUUGUGAUGGGAGAAGGGGCGGCCGUGCUUGUGUUAGAGGAAUACGGACAUGCAGAGCAGAGAGGUGCGCGGGUGUACGCUGAGGUGAUGGGAUAUGGGCUCUCUGGAGACGCUAGUCACAUCACGGCACCAACCGCAGAUGGAGACGGAGCCUUUCGGUGCAUGUCUGCUGCUCUCCGUGACGCUGGAGUAUCUCCUUCAGAGGUGACUUAUGUGAAUGCUCACGCCACCUCCACACCACUAGGGGAUGCCGCAGAGAACGCCGCCAUUAAGAGACUGUUUGAGCAGCAUGCGUACUCACUGGCCGUGUCCUCCACUAAAGGUGCGACCGGGCAUCUGCUGGGAGCCGCUGGCGCACUGGAGGCCGCCUUCACCGCCCUCGCCUGUCACCACGCCAUCCUGCCGCCCACACUCAACUUGGACCGCACCGAGCCAGAGUUUGACCUGAACUAUGUGCCUUGCACAGCACAGACCUGGAGAACCAGCGGACGCAGAAUCGCUCUCACCAACUCAUUUGGGUUUGGUGGAACAAACGCUUCUCUGUGUCUCGCGAGUGUGUGAUUACAGUUAUGCAGAUUUCAGGUGAUCAAAUCAGUAACAUUGACAUGUUACUAUUAUAUGAAUCAGUAACAGAUUCAAAAGAUUGAUCAAUGUAUCACACAGCAGUUGUUAACAAAAUGUAUGUUUGGAAUGGAAUACUAGAAUUCUGACUGUAUAUUGCAUACUAUUUUUAGUACAAUGCAUUCAGCAGUGAAUGUUUCAGACAACAGUGUUAAACUGUCACAUGACCUUGUUGAGUUGCUUAUUUAAUUAAAUUUGAUUAAAUUACAUUUUAAA